AUGACAAAAUCCACCACAAGCAUAUUUCUCAUUUUUGGCGCACUUUUGGUGUCGAUGACGUCAUCGACACCAAUUUUGGUGGUUAGAAGGCAGCUCGAUGUUCAGCCACGGCAUACAAUAUCAUCGGCGUUUUGGAGAAAUUUGCAGGAAAUUAUUGGAGAAGAGCAAAAUGCGAGGGAUCAGUUCAUUUUUGUGGAGGAACAGGAGGAGGUGCCACAGAGGUGGGUGCGCGCGCGGAAGGUUGCGGAAGGUUGCGGAAUGUUGCGGUUCAAACCUGAAGCUUCUUUAAUUGCUCAAAAUUUAAUAUAAAAUCCAUUAAGCGUGGAACAAAAUUCAACACUUUCAAAAUUCUUUCAAAAAAUUUUGAAACGUAUUUUUUCCAGUUUUCUUUUUUUUUGAAACAGUGAAUUUUUUUCAACUAUAAAUUUUGGAAAAUCAAGAAAUUUCAAAAAAAUUAAUUUUCCUCGAAUUUUUGAUGAUAAAAUUUAGGAGCGAAUUAUUAUUGAAUGGUAAAAAAAAAUUUUUUUUAAAUUAUUUUUGAAACAGUAGAAUUUUUCGAAAAUGUUGAAAAAAAAGAAUUUCUGAAAAAUUAAUACAAAAUCUCACGAGCAAGAAAAUGAGCACCUAAAGAUUACUGUAACCCCCCCCCCCUUUUUUCGUGUCAGGACCCAGGUACAGUACCCUAAUUUUAUCUGAUGACGCGCAAUUUUUCCCAAAGGUUUACAAAACCUUUCCCAAUUUCAUCUGUCCCUAGACUUUUCUUGAAAUUCCCACAGACAAAAAUCUGUGACGUGGCUUUCAGAAUCACCUGUUUUUUCUGUUGAAAAUAAAUUUGGAGCGAAAAAAAUCAGAGGGCUACAAAUUCCGAGAUAAAUAGAGAAAAACGGGAUUUUUUGUCUGACAGGGAAAAAUACGUUUCAAAAUUUUAUGAAAAAAUUCAGAAAGUGAUGAAUUUUGUUAUGAUGUUUGAGUUCUUUAAAAAAUCCCUGAAGCCUAGAAAAUGAUUUGAGAGUGUAGAAAAAUCACUGUUUCAAAAAUUGUCUUAAAAUUUUUUGGUAAUUUCAAGUUUUGUUAUUAAAUCGCAUAAUAAUAAAUAUAAAAAACUCAAAAAAAAUUAGAUUUUUUUGGUUUUUUCGGGAAAAAAUGUAAUUGAAGUUUCCGAAAAAAAUUCACUGUUUCAAAAAAAUUUUAAAUUUUUCUGGAAUUAUUUUUUAAAAAAAUCGUCAAUAAUUUUUGAUCAUUCUGAAUUUUAUUGAGCUCCACCAGAAAUUUUUGGGGCAAAAACAUUUUUCGAAGAAGUUCAUUCAAAAAAUUUGGAAAUUCAUAAGAAAGUCUAAAAAUUUGAAUUUCCGAGAACCCAUAGUUGAAAAAAUUCACUGUUUCAAAAAAUCUAUUGAAAUUUAUCGGGAAAAUAGUAAUUGUUACGUGGAUUCAUCUCUAUUCAUCUCUAGAUUUCAGAACCCAAAAAUUCACUGUUUCAAAAUUAAUUCUAAUUUUCCAGGAUUCUCAGAAAACCGGUAAACUCCUUUUUUUUCUAAAAAAUUCACUGUUUCAAAAUUUUCCCAAAUUUCAAAGGACUCUUAAAAAACUGAUAAACUGAUUUUAUAUAUUCCAGAAAAUUCACUGUUUCAAAAUUAUUCCUUAUUUUCUACGAGACUCUUAAAGAACUGAUAAAUUUGCGAAUAAUGAAUCAUUAUAAUUUUUUCAGACUAGAAAGAUUGCGUCGAAACAUCCCCAACAAUUAUCACGACGAUUUCUCAGUCGACGAAUUUGUUGUUCCAAUUUUUCAAGAUUCCUCUUCUCCUCGUCGUCGUUAUCGUAGAGCUCAGCCAAUUUUGGACAAUACUGAUGAAUUUUCCGCUGAUCCUUUUGAGGUAAUUUUAGAAUAGAAUUGCGUUUCACUGCAGAUUUUUGUCAAUUUUCUAGUAGAUUUUGACAUGGUGAAUAUGAGUUAUGACGUGGCAAACAUCGAAAGUUAGAUUGGUUUUGGCGAGGUUCGAAAAAUUCUAUGUAAAAAUUUUGAAACAGUAUAUUUUUUGGUGAUUUCAAAGGCACUUUGGAGAAAUUUUAGGACCUAAAAUCACCUUAAAAAUUAAGUUUCAAAGAAAAGUUACCAUUUUCUUUUUUUGAAAAUUUCACUGUUUCAAAAUUUUUUUUAAAUAAAAAUUCUCGUAUCAGAGAUUUGAUGAACUUCCAAAAAGCAAGCGAAAAUUAAUUUUUUUUGAAAAUAAAAAAAAUUCACUGUUUCAAAUUUUGGUUAUUUUUUUUUUUGAAAUUUGAAUUUUCAAUAAUCCUUGCGGCGCAAUGAAAUUUUCCAAAAAAACCUCAAAAAUUCAAUUUCAACCAAAAAAUUUGUUCAGAAAAAUAAGCGAAUUAGUUGCCAUUUUCAUUCUAGAAAAUUUCACUGUUUCAAAAUUUUUUUUAAAUAAAAAUUCUCGUAUUUUUUUUGAUUUUAUCAGUGAAUUAUUGUUUUCAAAAAAUCAAGUGAAAAUUAUUUUUUUUUUUGAAAACAAAAAAUUCACUGUUUCAAAUUUUGGUUAUUUUUUUUUGAAAUUUGAACAUUCAGUCUGGUUAUCACUUUGAAUUGAAAACUUAAAAUACAAAAAGAAGAAAAAUAUACAGAGUUCGCCUAACUUCUUUGGGAAAUCUAGAAAGUUAGAGCUACUUUUAAGGAAAAAAAAUUUCGUGUAAUUCUCUUGGACAAUUAUUAAUGGAAAAUUGAACAAAAAAAUUAAUUUUGCAAAAAGAAUUACUGUUUCAAAAUUUUCUCAUAUUUUCACGCUCUGAGAAAUUCAAUGCUACUUGAGUUUUUAUGGCAAAAAAUUAUUUUGAAAUCGAUUUUCUCAUUUUUUUUGGAUUCAAAAAAAUAUACUGUUUCAAAAUAUUCCUAUAUUUUUACAGUUUUCAAUAAUUUUGGCAAAUAAUUUGAAGAAAUUUUAGGACCUAAAAUCUCCAUAAAAAAAUUAAUUUUCAAAGAAAAGUUACCAUUUUCAUUCCGGAAAAUUUCACUGUUUCAAAAUUUUUUAAAAUAAAAAUUCUCGUAUCAGAGAUUUGAUGACUUUCCAAAAAGCUAGCGAAAAUUAAUUUUUUUUUGAAAAUAAAAAAAAUUCACUGUUUCAAAUUUUUUUAUAUUUUUUUUGAAAUUUGAACUUUCAAUUCGCAAAUUAAGUUUCAAAGUGUUGAAAAAUCAAUUGAAAAAAAUUUCGCGAAUCAAAAAAAUUAAUUUUGCAAAAAAAUUCACUGUUUCAAAUUUUUCUCAUAUUUUCACGCUCUAAAAAAAAUAUUUUUUAAUCGAUUUUCCCAUUAAAAAAAUAUACUGUUUCAAAAUAUUCCUAUAUUUUUCUACAGUUUUCAGUUUGGUUAGUUUCAUUAAAAUAAUCAUUUCAAACUUUGCCACGUCAUAACUCAUCAAGUUCCCCUUUUGCACCCCUCCUUAGUUUCUCCUCUCCCUACAUAUUUUGUUGUAGACGUCACAAAGUACUGUUGUUAUUGUGCCUGCGAAUUACGAAGUUGUGGUAUAUCCAAAAAGAGAUGUGUGA